AAGGUCUGACCAACGAGCUCCCCUGUGGUGCACUUGCGUCGUGGGAUGUGUCGCGCCGUUUUCAAAACCGAGAAGAGCGGGAUGUUCUUCGGGACUGAAGAAGGUUGCUAUGGAUUCGCUGAAUCAUUUAAAGACCGCAUAUAGGCUAAGAUUCUUCAACAGAGAAGGUAAAAAAAUUGCUACUGGUAUACAAGGAGAAAGUGUAUUGGAAUGUGUUCACAACUGUUUUGAAACCUGUACCAAGCAAUCUAUAGAAUGUUCCUCCACAAUAUCAUAUGACUCAAGCUUUAAUUUGAAUCAAGUUCCAUGCUAUAGCAAAGAAAAAGAACAGACCAAGUUGGAGUUUGCAAAGGACAAUACGUUUGUUUCCUUACGAUCACCAGACAAAAUGGAAAAAUUUUCAGGCAGCAAGAUAUCAGAAGAAAUUAAGGAAAACGAUGCUGAGGUGUUGUGCUUAGGAUCACCAGACCUUCUGGUAGAAAGUGGAGAAGAAGGACAAGGAGAAGAAGGAGAGAAAUCAUGUGCAGAACAGUUGUGCUUUAAUGAAGAGGGAUUUUAUUUAUCCCAAAAGUUUAGCAAGUCUAAGGGCUUUUCUGCAAGAAAAGAAAUGGAGGAGUUAUGUAUUGAAGAACCAGCCUCUAAACAAAUAAAAAUGUCAGGACCUAUGUUUUCAUUAAAUUCAGCUACUCUAAAGCCAGAAGAGGAAUGUGAAUUUUUGAUAGAGGAAUUUUUUGAUUUGUCUUCUGCGUCUUGGAUUUCAAUUUCUGGAAAGAAGCAAAAACCACAGAAAAAGACAACAUCUGCUUCAUUUGAAGGAAACGAGGAGGCUAAGCAGCAUAAUGAAAGAAGAAAAAAUAAAAUAAAACAAUCAGUGACUCAAAAGAAAAAGAAAAGAUCCCCUGGUAGAGAUCUUAUGGGGAAGAAGAACAGGCAAUUGGUUUCAAAGGGGAGCCUUGAAGAUGUUCAUGGAGAGGAACACUUAGAUAAAAAGAAGAAUCUUCAUCCUUUUAAACUAAGAACUGAGUUAAAGAGAGCAACAUCUCAAAAAGUAAGAGAGACUUCUUUACCAAAGCCUCAGAAUAAUGUAUUAUAUCAAGAAGAUUCUUGUGAGCAGCGUAUGGCAAAAAAACAUUCAAAUAUUUCAGUAACACCACAAAACAACGAAGGAUCUUUAUCAUAUGACCCACUACUUCUACCACUUUGUAGUAAUGAAAUAUUUAGAAAAGAAUGGAAUCCAUUUAAUACAGAUGAUUCUGAUUCAGAUAAAUCUUCUGAUUUGGAGAAGAAUCUACAUAGGCCAAUAUCAAAUUCAUUAAAGCAUAAACUAAUAGUAUUGCCUACAAACACACCCAAUGUUCGGCGGUCCCAAAGAAUACGUAUUAAACCAUUAGAAUAUUGGCGAGGAGAACGUAUUAAUUAUAAGAUAAACACUUCAGGAGACUUUGUAAUUGGUGGAAUAAUAUCACCUGAACAAAGAGAAUCUUGGAAACCUAAAGUGAAAGUUGCUAUGAAAUCUGUUCCAGAGAACGAGAAUUUGCACGAUAACUCAAUUUUCAUGGAAAAAAUUUUUCAGCCAGCUAUUGUUUUUGAUAAAGCAUCUAAUCAACAAAUUCUUCUAGAAUGCGUACAUAAUGGUAGUUCACCUGUGUUUUGCUUUAGUAAUGAAAUAUUAUCCAUUUAUAAAUACUUGAGUACACCUUCCUUUGCUUCUGGAAAAAUAAUAUUAAAUCCAUUAAAAGAAAAGGGAUAUCAGUAUUCCCACACAGACACAUUGGUUUUUCACAUUAGUUGUGGCAAACUACUUCUUAUGCUAUAUGAUCAAAGUUAUCGUUUGACUACUGGAAACUAUUUUUUUAUUCCACCAGGGAAUGUAUACAAUAUACGUAAUCUCUUGAAUGAAGAAUGUGUCGUCCUCUUCACACAGUUGAAAGGAAAAGAACUUCUUGACAACUAGGAAGUAUGCUUAUGGAGCAAUUAAUUUCCGCAUAAGAAACUUGGAACUUUUUGAGUUUGGGAAGACUAAUCUUCACUAUAUCUCAGAUAACUUAGAAACAACUGAAUUAUAAAUACAAAAAAAAAGGGAACUGACUAACAGAAGUGACACAUUUAGAAAAAGCAGCAUGGUUUUAAUCACCUGAUAGGUGUAAACUUACUGCAUGGGAGGAGAGAAGCUCUGCAGUAAAUGAGCUUUGCAGUAGUAACUUUCAUGCAAAGUUGUGAAAAGAUUAAGUACCUGAGUAAAUAUAAAAGAUUAAUCUCUUUUACACUUCUGAAAAACUCAAGAAUCUGCCUAAUGUUAAACAGAAGGGAAAUUCCUUGAAUUCAGUCAUUCUUGGAAAUUCCUGAUUAAUUUGAAAUAUGUUCUUAAGUUUUUGUUUUUAUAGCUUUACUGGACCUCUGUUUUGAAUAUAUGGACAUUUUUGUAUAAUAAAAAACAAGGGAAGGCCAUAUUGAAGAUGUUUCUCUUCUGCUUGAAAUAUAUAAUUUGCCUAGUAAAACCUGGAAAUGGCUUAUAAACUGUAAUUAAAACACAGAAAUAAAAAAAGAUUUUUAAAAUAUAGUGAGAUAGAUAUUGAAAAAGCAAUAUAUUACUUGAAGGAGCUCUUCCUCUGAUUUUAAUUAAUUAAUGAGUGAGAAAAUAUCUUGCUGUUUAGUGCAUAUCUAUAAAGUAUGUGCAUUUAAAUUCGAAAUAUUUUAGAUGUGACUGUCAUACUCAGAUGACAGCAUUUUAAGUGCAUGUUUAUUUCCAAUUGUUACAAAUAAUUUGAUUUAAAUUAGCAUUAGAGCUAUAGGUUCUGCUUUUACUGUCUAAUGAAAUGAUUAUGUGGGAGAGCUAACGUAAUUGGAAAAUGUGAAAGAUUUGUAUGUUAAUAUAAAUAACCACAUCUUAUUUUCAGAAAAGUAAUCUCUAAUGUAAACUUGAACCCAUAAUUCUUGAAUCAGCUUGAAGAUCACCAUCUGCUUAAAAAUUGAAGAAUUCUUGAAAUCUCUUUUUUGCCCAGAUGCCCUCUAGUUCUACUGUUUGCAGUUAGGGUAUAAAUGUUUUUCAUGGCUAUUUUGUACAUUCUGAUGGUUUAUACAUUCUAUUCUGAUGUGUGUGUUUCUUUAAAGUAGUUUAAAACAUUACGCAAAAUUAAAGUCAUACUGUUAAAAAUA